GCCUUGCGCCCUUUCCUUUAAUCCACUCGAACGGAAGAGGAGCGUGGCUAUACCUUUUCCCCAUGGUCGUCAUGCCGAUAGUUGGCGGCGGCGGAAGGAUUGACGUUGAUGGUAGUGGACGGAAGGAUAUGCAUUUCCGAGGAGUGAGGAAGCGGCCAUGGGGACGGUACGCGGCGGAGAUACGGGACCCCGGGAAGAAAAGCCGGGUUUGGCUGGGAACCUUUGACACCGCAGAGGAGGCAGCGCGGGCGUACGAUGCCGCCGCCCGCCGCUUCCGCGGAUCGAAGGCUAAAACCAACUUCCCGUGUCCUGACGCUUAUCUGAGCCCGAGCGUCGUGGUCGUCGGACCAACUUCAGCCGGCGGCGGCAGCCCGAGCAGCACGGUGGAGUCAAACGGCGGCCACGAGAAUAUGGUUUCUCCUGCGGCAGCUGUGCCGCCUAUGGCGAUCCCACUCGCGUCGUCUCUCGACCUCGAUCUCCGCCAACGCGGCCGCUACGCCGCGCGGUUCUCCUUCCCCGCUUAUCCCGUCUCUCCGGCCAUGCCAACGGUUUGCCCGUCCUCUUUCUUACAUUCUAUAGUCAAAUCAGACAAACCCGCGGCCACGAUGAAUCGCCACCAUAUUACCAUCUGCCCUCCAGUGUUCGUCGCCGCUCUACCAAAAGCAAUGCCUAGCGCCGUCCAAAGCGACUCUGAAUCCUCCUCGAUCAUCGAUCUCCGCCCUAACAUCCAUCCAUCCAUCCCGCACAAGAAACCCCACAAUUUCGACCUUAACCUCCUUCCUCUUCCGGAGUUCAAUUGAUGCCGAUGCCCCUUUAGCUGAAACAAUUAUCUAAUCUUCUUCCCUUAUUAUUAUUUUUUUCCGUUUGUACGAAUUUCACUCUCAACCUCUCCUUGCCUCAGAGAAGCAAGAGCAGUAAAUAGGAGAGUUAUUUUUUUUUUUUUGUAAAUUAGUUUAGAUCUUUUUGUAUCUUCUUUUUAUCCUCUGCCAUCAGAUCGAGAAAGAAGAAGGCUGUAAUGUGUAAUCUCGAGACUCCAGAAUCCAGAUCCCGUCCCCGGUGAUAUUUCCUUUUU